AUGGAAGCAGAAGGGAAAGCUCCGAGUCUGCUGGAGCUGUGCGUCCGAAAGGCCAUCGACAACCUGCGGCAUAUCCAGAGCGUGGACGGCGUGGACACGCCGCUGCUGCGCAGGAUCCUGCCCCACUGCGACCUGGAGCAGCUGACCCGCAUCGAGAGCCGCACGGCGACGGACCUGACCCCGGUCACCGACGUCCUCUGGCAGGGGUUCUACCGGCGGCAGUUCGGCGAGGAGCACACGGACCGCGUCGUCGACAGGAUGCAGCGGGCCGGGGCGCGGUACAAGUGGAAGGAUCUCUUCAAGGCGAAGACAAAGCAGCAGAAGGAGGUGGAAGACAGGAUGGUGGAGGCGCUGACGAACAAGUGCCGGGCGCGGAACGCCGAGAGGCAGAGCAGGGCUAUCAAGCGAUUCACGAAGGUGCAGCCAAGCAGUUGCAAACGAAGCUAUUUCGGAGGAAGAAGCGGCAUGUCUUCCGGUUCCGGCUACAAGAACCCGAUGUUGAAGAAGGCAAGGAUGGAGCUAACAACUCGUGAAGCAAAAAAGAAAGGCCGCACCACUGCUGAGGGCUUAUCCGAGAAGGACAUCGACGGAGUGGUCGCCCUGGCAAAGGUGGACGAGGCAGAACGUGAGGGUGUUGAGAUCGAGGCUACAGGUUAA